UUUCUCCUCUUCCCGGCGAGACGACGAUGAAGCUUGCGCUGGCUCUGCUCUUCCUCAUUUUCAUCCAAGAAACCACCGGAGCAUCAACCUCCUACGACUGCAUCAAGGGUAAGGACUUCCUCCAUCAUGGCGACCUCUCCAACAGCGCAAUUGACACCAUCGACGAGUGCAAAGCCGCAUGCACGUCGGACGACAUGUGCAACGCGCUUGCGUUCACCAAAAAUCGGUGCUACUUGAAGGUUGUUGCUCAAGACGACGUUCUUACCAAGGUUGUCCAUAAGAAGGACGUCGUCACAUGCGUUCUGUCAGGUCGGCAAAGCUCCAAGGAGAAACACAUCAGGAGAGGUCGAUUUCAUUAAUGCCCGAAUUCUUCAACUUCCAUCGUCUUUGAUGACUACUUUUUCCGU